GUCUCUUCAAUGCAUGGCAAUCUCGUCCACGAGCUGACUUCUGAGUCGACUCAAUAAUCAGUCACCUUGCUUCUGUCCCAGCGAGCAAACCCGAGGGAACUACCGGUACUCUUCCUUGCGUGGGAAUCUCAGUCCACCUGGCAGACGUCGCCCCCCGACACUCCACCAUGCAGAGCAGCGCGCCAGCAGAGCAGUGCUGUUACCACUGCUCUGAUCUGGCAGGAAACAAACGCGAUCAAUCGGAUUCCUCCCAGGUUGCUCGCAAAAAGGGACGAGCCUAUCGCGAUUGCGAAAUGUUCUUUCGCACACGCGGCGACAAGGGGCCACCCCAGGUGGUGGGACCACGUCGCGUACCAUCGCGCAACCUGGAAAUCAUGCUUCGUACGCCAACACGAGGCUCGGGGCUUUCCUUCGAUACCUCUCCCGUUUGACGACGCAACAAAGACCCUUUUUCCGUGCCUGCAGUUACUGCGUGUGGAUCCACCUUCUCACCCUCCCUGGCAUGUCCGCGGUGUCUGACUACUGAGGAGUUGACCCCCAAGAACGCGAAGAUCGCGGCCAAGAUCGCCAAGAUCGCCAAGAGCGCCAAGGACGCUUGAAGGGAGGCCUUCAGAAAGUGGCAGCUAUGGUUCGAAACUCACGCACGCGACGCGACUCACGGACCCCACGCAAUGCCAACAGCAGGCCGAGUUUUGAGUGCUUUCAGGGCAGCAGCAUUUGGACGUGCAACGUGUUGGGCAAACUGGAAGGCGAGAAAGCGUCCCAUAAGGAGCAAGACCCGGAUUGGGGCUUGCAGCACUACCACGUCCUAUAUACGGGAUCUCCAGAGGAGGAGGAGGAGAUGGUGGUGGGAGCUAGGCUGCGUUUGGACUCGCGCCCGCUUGAGUCGGCCGACUGUCAUCGAGUGAAAGAAGGAAUGGCGGUUGUCGCAUACGUGAAGCACCCUGCAGGAGAUGCCACGGUCAAAGACAAGGCACACUACGACGGUCGGGUCGUCAAAGUCACGCGCUGCAAGCACAGGGCUUCACGCAGCAAGCACUGUUGCCGCUGCACCUUCCACGUGCAGCUCUACCACCACCGCUUCUCUACGCCCCCUUCCAACCCGCCACAUCCUCCCGCCUCUCCUGCCUCUAACCCUGCGCCGUUGCGUUUCUCAACACCAGCAGCUUUUGCAGCAGCAGCAGCCUCGCCCGCCCCCAGUCUCGGCAACAGCAGCAAUGGUAGCAGCAGACACCACCCCACUCGGACUCGGUAUGUCUCGCAUGGCGGCUGCGGCAGCAGGCUGGACUGGUCCGUGGUGCGCUGCCGCAUCGCCUCCCUCUGCGUGAGAUUCAACCCCCUCCACCCCCUCCCCGUGCUGCUGAAACACCACCUGGACUGUAUUGGACGGCCGUACCCUCUCAGAGGGGUAGAGCGGAGAGAGAUGCUGGUGGGGAAGGAUGUGGUGGUGGUGAGCGGGUGGGGGUGGGAGGAUUGGCGUGUGAACGCACCGUUUUCGUGGCAAGGGCCCGUGCUGUCUGAUGUUGAGGGUGGUGCAGCUGCUGCUGCUGCUGCUGCUUCUGCUGCUGGUGAUUAUGGUGAAGAGAAUGCUCCUGCUGACAAUGGCGUUGAUGGGGCUGUAGCUACCGCCGGUGGUGGUGGUGCUUUUGGUUAUGGUGGGGAUAGUGGUGGGGAUGGUGGUGGGGAUGAUGAUGUGGUGCUUAUCAGUCACGUUCAUGGUGCUGUAGCGACCUGUGGUGGUGGUGCUUUUGGUCCCGGUGGUGAUGGUGGUGGAGAUGAUGAUGUGGUGCUUAUCAGUCAGGUUGAUGGUGCUGUAGCGACCUGUGGUGGUGGUGCUUUUGGUCCAGGUGAUGGUGCUGGUGAUGCUGCUGUUGCUACUAGUGUGGGCGCAGGUGGUGAUGCUGCUGCUGCUGCUGUUGGUACUGCUGGUGCUUCUUCUGCUGAUGGUCGUGGUGCUGUUGCUGCUGCCACUGCGACUUAUAGGAUAGCUGCUGCUGCCGCUGUGAGUGUUGCUGCUGCUGAUGCUACUGGUGCUGAUGCUACUGGUGCUGAUGCUACUGGUGCUGAUGCUACUGGUGCUGAUGCUACUGGUGCUGAUGCUACUGGUGCUGAUGCUACUGGUGCUGAUGCUGGUACGGGCUGUGCUGUGGGUGGUGGGAGUUUUGCAGGCCGGAUAGGUUACAGGGACAUGGCGGAAGGAGAGGUGGGGGAAAUGGAUGCUGGUAUGGUGGGAACGCAGGGAGUGGAAAUGAGGAGCAGUGAGAAUGGAUGCUGUGCUGGGGCUUCCUCUACCACUGCUGCUGGGGGAAUAUCUGCUACCACUGCUGAGGAAUCCGCUGCUGCUGCUGCUGCUGCUGCUGCUGCUGCUGCUGCUCCUGUCAUGCCUGCUUCGUUUCCUGGACCAGCCAGCACUGAUAGUGGUGCUCCGGAUGCACAUGGGAGUGGCCUAGUUGCUGCCAAGGGAGCCAUCUCUACUGCCGCUUCUGAGGGAUACUUUACUUCUGCUGCUGCUGCUGUUGCCCUCCGUGCAUCGCUUCUGUUGCAGCUUCUAGACAGUAUUGAGAGUGGUGCUCCUGAUGCACGUGCCAGUGGUAGUGGCAGUGGUGCUGGUGUUGUUGGCCGUGGUGCUGGUGAAACUCAUUCUGACACCCGUGCUGACACACAUACUGACACCCGUGCUGACACACGUGCUGACACCCGUGCAGACACCGGUGCUGACACACAUGCUGACACCCGUGCUGACACACUUGCUGACACACAUGCUGACGCACGUACUACUGACACACGUACUGACACACGUACUGACACACGUACUGACACCUGUGCUGACACAUGUGCUGACACCCGUGCUGACACACAUGCUGACACCCGUGCUGACACCCGUGCUGACACCCGUGCUGACAACCGUGCUGACACACAUGCUGACACACGUACUGACACACGUACUGACACACGUGCUGACACACAUGCUGACACACGUGGUAACACGCGUGCUGCUGUGCACACAGAGGGUGAGAAGAGGGGUGGUGGAGAGCAGGGGACAGUGCAGCGGGUUGUGAGGAAGAGGAAUCAGAGAGAAGAGGAGGAGGAGGUGGAGGAGGGGGAGAAGGACGAGGACGAGGAGUGGAGGUCAAAUGCAUGGGGGCAAUGGCACGGGCGGAAAAGCCGCCGGGUGUAUCGAAGUCUCGACGCCCAGCUGCUGUCUACUGCCUCACCUUCCCCCUCUGCCUCACCUCCCCCCUCUGCUUCACCCACUGCUGCUGCACCCGGUGCACCCGCUGCUGGUGUUGCCGAUACUCCUGCUGCUGCUGCACCUGCUGCUGCUGCCGCUCCUGUUGAUUUCUCUUCUGUUGCGGCUGCUGCAUCCGUUGCUGCACCUGGUGCUGCUGCCGCUCCUGUUGAUUUCUCUUCUGUUGUGGCUGCUGCAUCUGUUGCUGCACCUGGUGCACCCGUUGCUGGUGCUGCCGAUACACCUGGUGCUGCCACCACAACACCUGCUGCCACAACACCUGCUGCUGCUGCACCUGGUGCUGCUGCUGCCACUGCUGUUGAUCCUUCUGCUGCUGCUGCCGCUGCAUCUGUUGCUGCCACCUCUGCAGCUGCUACCUCACGUGGACGAGCAGAGAGAGGUGCAACAAGAGGCGCAGAGAGAGAUGCAACAAGAGGCGCAGAGAGAGAUGCAACAAGAGGCGCAGAGAGAGAUACAACAAGAGGCGCAGAGAGAGGAGGGAGAAGAGGAGGAGGAGGAGGAGGAGGAGGAGGAGGAGGAGGAGGAGGAGGCGGUAAUGGCAACCGAAUUUGUGGAAAUGGGAGGAGAAACGUCACAGGGGGGGGAGACGACGAAACUGCUGUGAGGGAAAUCAGAGAUUUUGACAUGGAUGCUCCUGCUGCUGCUGCUGCUGCUGCUGCUGCUGCUGCUGCUGCUGCCACCACAUUUGCAAUGACACCUGGUGAGGAACAAGAGGAGGAGGAAGAGGCGCGGAAAGUGGAGGUGAAAAUGGAGAAACAGGAGGGGCCGGCAGAGGGUGAGGGAGAAGACGAGGAGGAGGAGGUGGUAGAGGCAACCGAAUGGGUGGAGAUGGAACGGGCUUCCACUGCUGCUGCUGCUGCGCCCACUGCUCCUGCACCUGCCGCUGCUGCUGCACCUGCUGCUGCCACCAGAUUCGCAGUGGUACCAGGUGAGAAACACGAGGAGGAGGAACAGGAGGAGACAGUGGAGGUGAAAGAGGAGGAAGAGGAGGAACAGGCAGAGGAGGAACAACAGAGUCAGGAAGAGGAGGAGGAUGGAGAGGAGGAGGAGGAAGAGGAGGAGGAUGGAGAGGAGGAGGAAGAAGAGGAGGAGGAUGGAGAGGAGGAGGUGGUAGAGGAGGCUGUUUGGAAUGAGAUGGAAAUAGAUUCGUCAGAAGAGGGGGGAGGCGAGGAGAGGGAGAGAUGGGGUGGUGCAGGGGAGGGUGCAUGGAAUGAUGGGAGGGCGGAUGCUGGGGCGCCUGAUGUGAGUGGACGUGGUGGGGCAGCUGAUGCAAGUGGAAGUGGUGGGGCGGCUGAUGCAAGUGGAUGUGAUGGGGCGGCUGAUGCAAGGGGACGUGGUGGGGCGGCUGAUGCAAAUGGACGUGGUGGGGCGGCUGAUGCAAGUGGACGUGGUGGGGCGGCUGAUGUAAGUGGACGUGGUGGGGCGGCUGAUGCAAGUGGAAGUGGUGGGGCGGCUGAUGCAAGUGGAUGUGGUGGGGCGGCUGAUGCAAGUGGACGUGAUGGGGCGCAGCAGAGGCUGCAGGAGAGUAAGAGGGUGGGUUGUGGGGUGGAUGGUGCGAGGCGAGAUGGUGGGAGGGGGGGUGGUGAGGGGGAUGGUGUGAGUGGACGUGGUGGAGCGCAGCAGGGGCUGCUUUUGAGUAGACUCAAGAGUGAAGGUGGUGGGGAGGGUGGCGCGAGAGGCGGUGGGGCGCAGCAGAGAUGGCGGCAUGUUGAAAGGGUGUGUGGUGGGGAGGGUGAUGCAAGGCGAGAUGGUGCGAGAGGGGAUGGUGCGAGGGGGGGUGGUGGAGAGAUGAAAAAUUCGCAGCAGGGUGAGCGGAAGAGAAAGCAGAUGGAGGAAGUGAGAGGAGAGGAAGAGAGAGGAGGGGAAGGGAGGGCAUGGGAAGGGAGGGCAGUAGAAGGCGAAUGGCGCCAGGCAAGAAGCCGUAGGGUGCACAGACGACGCUCCCAUCCGCAGCUGCUGUUCGGCUCGUCACAGUGGGCUGCCGAAACACCUGCUGAAACACCUGCUGCCACAACUGCUGUGGCACCUGCUCAUGCACCUGCUGCCACACCUGCCUCUGUGCCCCCUGCUGCUGUGCCCCCUGCCUCUGUGGCACCUGCCUCUGUGGCACCUGCCUCUUUGGCACCUGCGUCUGUGGCACCUGUCACACCUCGAAACCAGCGGACCACUCUGCAUGGAGUGGCACAGGUGCAAGGAGGGCUGCAAGGAGGGAUGCCAGGCAGUGCAACUGCUCCCAAUGCACCCACCUUCCCUGCAUCCACCCUCCCUGCAUCCACCCUCCCUGCAUCAUCGUCACCAGCACCAAUCAGCCGUUACAUGCGCCAAUUGAUAGAUAGAAUUCUCGCCACGAGCAGCAGGAGCCAGCAGGCACAUGGAACGUGGGAGCAGCGCAACAACAUGACUCUGUGCGUCAACAGCAUGUGUCGGGGGCAGCCACCGUUUUUAGAUACAACGGCUGCACCAGUUGCGCCUGUUGUUGCGCCUGCUGCUGCGCCUGCUGCUGCGCCUGCUGUUGUGCCUGCUGCUGCGCCUGCUGCUGCGCCUGCUGUUGCCCGGCCAACUACUAAGCCCCCUCCUGCGCGUCCCUCACCGCUACCUACCCCCGCCCAUCCAGGUAGCCAUGUGCCUCCUCCCAUCCACCUCUCUUCUCCCACUCGACAACCUCGUCCCAGCUCACGGGUCUCUUCCCCUGCUAGACUGCUGGACAUGCAUGGAGGCAGAGGAUGUGGCUCGGGGAUGUUUGGGCGGCACGCUGCGAAAGCCUCUGUUGCCGUCCCUCUUGGCACUGCAGUGAAUAAGCUAUGGGAUGAUGCGGGGGAGGGGGAGGAGGAGGAGGAGAGGGAGGGUGGGAUUAGGGGGCUGAAAAGGGGGGAGAAGGAAAGUAGCAAGCAGAGGGUGAUUGUGGCGGUGGGAAGGGGAGAAGAGAGAGAAGAGGGAGAAGUGACAGGAGACACAGAGGACGAGGAGGAUGAGGAGGAGGAGGAGGAGGAGGAGGAGGAGGAGGAGGAGGAGGAGGAGGAGGAGGAGGAGGAGGAGGAGGAGGAGGAGGAGGAGGAGGAGGAGGAGGAGGAGGAGGAGGAGGAGGAGGAGGAGGAGGGGAGAGAAGAGUGGGAAUUGGAGACAGAGGAGGAAGAGGAGGGGGAUGAGGAGCAGGAGCAAGUCGGAGACGAGUAGAAAGAUGAGCACGGGGAGACACGGGUGCCUCCCUUCCCUAUUUUGCUUCCCCAAUCCCUUCUCUGAAUGCAUUUCACCUUUCCCUCCACCAAUCAUAGCUCCCGCGUUGAAAGCACACCCCUAAUCCACCCUGUAUUGAAAGGUCCUGCUGCUGCUGCACCUGCCGCUGCUGGUGUCCCUGCUGCUGAAGCUGCUGCUGCCACCACGAUUGCAAUGACAGCUGGUGAGGAACAAGAGCAGUAGAAAGAGGAGGAGGACGAGACGGGGAAUGAGGAGGUGCUGCUGCUGCGCUCGCUGCUGCUGCUGUGCCUGCUGCUGCCACCACGUCUGCAGUGACGCCUGAUGAGGAACAAGAGGAGAGAGGAGGGGGAGGCGGGGAAAGGCGAGAUGGCUGAGAGGUGAAAAAGUCGCAGCAGGGUGAGUGAAAGAGGAAGCAGAUGGGGGGAGAGAGAGGGUAGGAUGGGAUGGCAGGGGAAAUGUGGGAAAGGGAAAGGUGUGGGAAGUGAGGGCAAAUGAUUGGGGCGAAUGGCGACAGGCAGCAAGCCGUCGGGUGCGCAGACGGCAUUCGUGUCCGCAGGUGUUAUUUGUUUCCUCGUCUUGGGCUGCCGAAGCACCUGCUGUCACACCUGCUGCCACACCUGCUGUCGCACCUGCUGCCACACCUGCUGCCACACCUGAUGCCACACCUGCUGCCACACCUGAUGCCACGCCUGCUGCCACACCUGCUGCCACACCUGCAGCGCGUGCUGCUACAGCUCCUCCUGAUUUGCCUGUCACCACUGACGACCAACAGAUUGCACCGCAUGGAGUGGCAGAGGUGCCCCGAGGGCUGCCAGGCAGCGCAACUACCCCCAUCUUUCCUGCAUCCGCCUUUCCUGCAUCCGCCCUCCCUGCAUGCACCCUCCCUGCAUCCACACCCCCUGCAUCAACCCGCCCGGCACCCUCUUAACCAGCGGCAGUAAGCCCUCCAUAUGUGCUUAGCCCAGCUAUGCACCACUUGCUUGACAAAAUUCUCGCGUAACCACAGCCUGGCAGCUGGAGUCAGCGGGCGCACUAGUAUGACUCAGCAGCACGCCACCCACCUCUUUCUCACCCCUGCUGCUCUGAGAUCAACUGUAACCAGCUUCCACCAUGCACACACUACCCGCGCUGCUGCGUGGGUGCGUGGUGUACACUGUUCCGACUGCGCGGUACCAGGACCUCCUCUAAGAGAAUCAACAGCCGGAUGAAGCCAGGUGGGCGGUACACCUCUUGCCCUGAUCUGUAACUGAAUGGGGUGGUAGUUCUGGCCUUGGUAGUAUGAUUUGUUAUGUGGAGAGAUACAAAAGAUCAAAUUGAGUUGCUAAUAACGCCUCCGUUGCCCUCUUUUUUUGUUCCACGAGCGAGGUUACAUCUAUGUACGCAAUGUGAUGACAGAAGUGUCAUCAGUUAAUUUCCCAC